AAAAUGUCCUCUCAAAGGCUAGUCCUGAGAUGCAAACCAUGCCAAGAAGAAGAAAAGCACAAGGUCCUGGAUAUGGAAUUAGUCGAAGCUGCUAAAGGGAUGCAGUUUGGAGAGAAUGUUGCACAUGAUGAGUUUUUCACUGAUGCUGUGUCUGAUUGGGUUGGAGAGGCAAUGGAGGGUCAUAGUCUAAUAAUACUGCUGUAUGGUCUUCCCUCCAGUGGUAAAUCAUACACUGCUUUUGGUAGCCCAGGCGAAUCUCGUAGUAACCCUAAAGCCAGAGGCAUCAUAGUUCGUUGCAUGGAUGAGUUCAUCAAGACUGCAGCUUCCAAAAAUAGUAUUGCUCAGAUUAAAGGUAGCUUCUACCACAUAACAAGCAGAGGACAAGUUGCAGACCUUCUUGAUGCAAGGAAGCGAAAUUUGCAAACAAAACGGAUUGAUGACAAAUUCAUUUUUCCUGACGCCACAAAGCAAUCUUUAACGACUACACAGGAUGUUGUGAAUUUACUUGAAAAAGCACAAUUAAUGAGAAAUGCAACUGGAGUCUUAAGAUCGGAUGAAGCAACAAGAUCCCUCAACCCAUUGAGAGAUUAUAAACCACACAGUACACAUGCUGUUUUUCAUUACACCAUAGAAUCCUGCAAUAACGACUCAAGGGUUGAUGAAGUCUUUGCAUCACAACUGAUAAUUGUUGACCUUGCUGGGUCUCAGAUCAAAAAGUUUCAUGCUGAAAACUCGAUUUGUAUUGAUAAUGGUCUUACUGCCUUACACAACACAUUAUUAAACUUAAGUUCUUCUGACCAUGAAGCUGCUACAGAAUCAUGUUUAUCAACAUCACUCACUCAGUUGCUUUUUCCAGGAUUCUUUGGAAACUCUCGAUUGAUAAUAAUCAAUACAUUACUAAUGAAUGACACUGAAGAACACACAACAAGAAAAAUGAUAAAAUUUUGCAAAGGAUUAUAUAAUAGUAAGGCUAUUAGCUCACCUGUCUGCUUAAUGCUAUCUCAAACUGAUCUUGGCUCAAAGAUGAUUAAGACUGAUAGCCUGAAAAGAACAAUUCUCCAGGAGCUUAAUGUUAGCAAUGAGCAGAACUUAAAUUUGGAAAUUAUAAGUCAAACUGCAGUCAGUGUCAAUGGAAUGGUUUUUGAACAAUUAUCAGUGCAAAGUCUUCAAGCUAUUGUUAGCAUUCGUGAAAUUGAGAAAGAAAGACUGUCAAAGCAACCACCCACACAACCUAGUAUACCAAGUUAUUCUGCUAGAGCAAAUACUUUACCUCCCCUUAAAGUUGAAGCUAAAAAAACCAACUAUACCUCAUCUUUACUUCCAAACAAUCAACCACUUCCUCUUCGAAAAGCACCUCUAGUUCCCUCAAUAAAACCUAGCUCUCUUCUCAAGAUUAAGCCACAGAUUCAAAAAUCAUCGUCAAGCUCAAGUUCAGACAGUGAAGAUGAUAAGACUAUUCCUGUUGUUUCUUCUAACAGUGUUGCUUGCCCUCCUCCUUUGAAUGACAUUCCUCAUAGCUAA